GAGUUGUUUAUGGAGCACUCUUUUCCCUAUUCACCCUUGGAAUGUUCUUUCCUCGUGCAAACGCUAAGGGAGCAGUCAUGGGAGGGGUAGCAAGUUUCUUAGUGGCAUCUUGGAUAAUUUUCCACGCUCAAUUCUACAUAAUUCAGGGUAAACUAAAAUUCCCUGGCAAGAAAACCAGUAUUGAUGAGUGUCCCGUAGGAAUUUACCGGAAUUAUCAUUCCAAUGCGUCCCUGUUGUAUAACUACACAGGGUUGAGCUCUCCAGUGGUGGCGGACAUCUCAGUGCCUCAGGUCUACCAACUGUCCUACAACUACUACACAACGAUUAGCGCAGUCUCUGGUCUAGUGGUAGGCCUGGUGGUAUCUCUGUUGACUGAGCCGCCAGAUGUCUCCUCCUUGAGUCCGGACCUCUUCACACCCUGCGUGCGGAGGUUCCUACCCCAAAAGAAACAAGAGAUACGUCCAAAUACCUUGCACUACGAUCUUACUUCUCAACAUGACACUGAUUUGUGAGUAAACGAGAGUAAACCAAUCACCCACGGAA